AUGGAUCAAUCGGGCAUCUUUGCCCAUCAUCAUGCCGCCUCCUUCGAGUCCUCAGCCGAUAAGGUCGACUACGGCUUCGACUACCACCUUGGCCACGAUGCUUCGCUAACCCACGGUCUUGAUGUACUCGGCACUUGCAACAACACUGAGAACGCUUGUCUCGAUCAGCGCUGCUUCGACCACUACGGCAAAGCCUCCUCGACCCCAAACACCGCCCUGGACCUUGGAAUCGACAUCAACUCUGACGCUACCUCCAGUCCCCGACAGAGAGCAUCGUAUGGUCACUCGCACUCUCAUCAUCAGAAGGCCUCAGCUCGAUCCACCUGCGUUGCUGGCACUGCCAACAUGAACCCCGACCCCAAAUCCGCCCGAGGAGCGCACAGGCAAAGGCAAAAGCGAAAGAGACAGGCUGCUCCAUUAUCGCAACCCCACGAUCUUCACCAGUCGCAUCAUGUCCACCAGAUGCGUUCGCCUCAGGUCUUCCAUCAUGCCCAUAGCCAGAGCAUCGAACCCAUGACUACUCUCCAGGCUUUUGCUCAGAACCCUCAACUCAACUUUCACCACAACGACUUCCACGCGUCUCCCGCUCACUUCCAGCAACCCCUCAACAGCCCUGACUGUGCCGACUGCUUCAAUCCAGCAUGGGUGACAAAUAUGAUGGACCCGGCAGCCAACUGCAUGUCCAUGCAGUGGCCGCCGUAUGGGGGCGCUGCUUCGGCUGCCUGUAGCUCCGCCUGCGACGAUGUCAACUGUUGGACUCAGUGCGAAGAGGGUGUCGAUGACCAGUGCUGCUACGACGACUGCUGCGCUCAGCUUGACAUGUCGCAUGCUGCGUGCUGCUUCGAGCCCACCUGCGCCUCCCUCGAACCAUGCCUCGACUCCUCAUGCCAGGAAGCAUCGAUUCCUUGCACCGAUGCCAACUGUAUGGGCACUCCCGCAUCCGUCUCCGUCACCACCCCAUCUGCCGAGCCUGAACCCAUCGUCAACGCCCUCGUGAGCCCGGUCGAGCCCGGUCGAGAGAUAACCCCAGACUCUUUCGACCAAUCAGCCAUUGGACAUUUUGCCCAGGGCUUCUCUCACGACCUGAACUCGGCCCAUGGCUUCACAAAUGACCUAAGUUCAACAAUCAGCCAAUCGCUUGACCACCAACUCAACCAAAAUCAUGCUAGCCAAGGUGCGAAUGAGGCCAGCGGCUUUGCCACGCCUGAAUUCCCCUCUGCCUCCAAGUCCAAGCCGGUCGAUGAGCAGCCAACGACCGAUAACGCUGAGCACUUAUGCCGUUGGCUCUGCCUAAAUGGCAUAGCGUGUGGCCAAAAGUUCGCAAGCAACAAAGAACUCCAGGAUCACUGCAAGAGUGACCAUGUCAAGAACCUUAAGAAGGGCCCCAAUGGGUUUUGCUGCACAUGGUGGGGUUGUGCCCGACCAGGACCCUUCUCCCAGAAGAGCAAGCUUGAAAGACAUAUGCAGACGCAUACUGGGUUCAAACCCGUCAAGUGUGAGAUCUGCGGCAUCUACCUUUCCGCAAAGCAAUCCCUUGAGCAGCACAUGCGCACCCACUCGGGUGAAAAGCCCUGGAAGUGUGAAUAUCCUGGUUGUACCCAGAGCUUCAAGCAACAAAGUGCUCUCACCAUGCAUAUGCGCACUCACACUGGGGAGAAACCACUGAAAGAUUUUCAUCGACUCGACCAACUCCGUCGGCACAUGCAAACGCAUGCUCCUGACGGUGGUCGUAAGGGGAGCAAGAGUUCUUGA